UCGUGGCGACUUAACCUAAAAUGAUUAAGUUAUUGAGGUUAUUGAGUUCAUUAUAAGAUAUAUAUAUAUGUGUGUGUAGAAAAAUUUAUCAUUUUCUUCUGUAAAUAUAGUAACAAAAAAAAGAGCCGAGAUAAUUCAAAUUUUUUUUAGUGUAUAGAAAAAUGACUCUUGCUCUUCAUAAUUUUCGCAAUAUUUGUAGAUGUUCGUUAGUUAAUUUUAUACAAAAGUCACAAUGUCACACGCUUAAUACAGACGUACUGCCAAAAUCAGUUUACAAACAAUUGGGCGAGCAGCCCGGAGAAAUAUUUUCAUUCAUAAAAAAUAAUCAUGGUUAUCUCAGUGGUCAGCAUUAUGUGCAAGCUCUUAAAAAAUUACAAAAAAUGUCAUUCAAGUCAAAAGAUUUAAAAAAUAACAAUGACUUCGUCGAGCUUUGCAAUGAAUUGAAAAAACAAAUAACAACACUCGACGUCUCUGAGGCUGUUCUUGCAAUAAAUGCAUUAACAAAACUGAAUGUUGAAAAAAAUACGGUUAUUUAUGAAUCACUAUUGCAAAUAAUUCGUUCAAACAUUAAUUCAUUGGUACUGGAGGAUGUGAUAACUCUUCAAUUAGAUUUACAAAAUGCUCCUAAAACACAUUUAAUCAAUGCCAUUUUAACUGCCCUGCCGACAAUAUUUGAAAUACAAUUGCCACGCAUUGAGAGGGAUAAUAUUCACUUACUAGCAUCUUGUCUUCUUUUUGUCACCAAACAACAAUCGAAAAAUUACAAUACAAUACAAUUUUUGCUCGAUACAAUUUCUGAUUAUCGUAAUGAGAUACCAUUAAUAUCGGCGAAAUUUAUUUUAAAAUCUAUAAGAUUUCUUCCAAAUUCGGAGAAUACGCAUAAACGACUAUUGAAACGGAUACAGAAUGUUAUUAUCGGUCAAAUUGAUUCGGUUUCAUUUAAUGACGCAAUGGUUAUAUUGAAGUCGAUACAAUUUCAUACCAAAAAUGUAAAGGCAUUCUACAAUGAACAAAUGGUAGACACUCUGGUGAACGAUGUGAUAAUUAAAAGAGACGUUGGCCUAGAGAAGGGAAUUGAGGCACUCGAAAAAUUAGUGAUAAUCGGACACGAGCAAUUUGCUCUUCUCGAUUACAUAGCAAUGAAAUUUUUGGAAUUAUCAAUGUCCACAAAUUAUCAAUCUCUCAAUAUGUUGGCUUCAUUUGUUUCCGCAAUGGCAAUGAGUGACUAUAAACCAGUAUUUUGGGACAAAAUUCAAGAAUUAAUAUUAGAAAACACAGCCAUUGUGUCGUAUGAAAAUUUAUUGCAAAUAGUCUUCAAUUUGGCAGUUCUAGAUUGUUAUUCCGAUAAAUUACUACAAAAAAUUUUCGAAUGCAAUAAAAACAUCGAAUUGAUGACUAGUGAUCGUAAGGAGAAAAUUUUAAGGUUGUAUCAAUUUACAAAGACACUCUAUAAAAAUUACGAUGGUCCACGUCCAUUGGAAGAUAAAUUUGAUCUAUUGGCCGAUUGGGAUCAAUAUGGUGGUCGAUAUCCUCACUUAUAUAAAGCACUGGAAAUUGCCAUCGGCGGUUCACAAUUUAUCGAGACCCGAGUGGGAACAAAGUUCGGUCAUUUUAUUGAUUACGUAAUACUUUUGAAUAAGGAAACUGCCAAACCAAUGCCCAUUAGUUACAAAAGUAGUCAAAAAAUUGAAAAACCAACGAUGGAUAUUAUUAAUCUAAAGCCAAUUACAUAUUUAGAGGAUAUCUCCAUUCCCGAGGAUAGUCAAGUCCUCCUAUUUGUGGAUAUUCCAAUAGAUGGUUUUACAAUAAAUACAAUGCAAUUGAAAGGCAGUUGGAAUUCGUAUAUGAAAACUUUAGAGGCCAUGAAUUAUUUAGUAAUUCCAAUAUGUUCACACAGAUGGUUACAAUUGAGCGAUAAGGAAAAAAUCCCAUACUUAUUGCACGCAAUGCGAUUAAAGUGUGCCGUUAAUCAACAUCAAUUGUAAAGUGAGAAAAAAAAAUUAGAAACGAAAGAAAGAAAAAUCAAGGUAACUUAGGUACAAAGUUAAAUUUUCUGUUUUUGUUAUUACUCUAUAAAUUGUUCUAUUUUUUUCAAAUAUGCUCAUUAACAGAUUCUCAGAGUUUUAUAUUCAUAUUCAUUAUUCAUAUUGAUAUACAAACAUAUAAAUAUGUAAAUGUUUCAUUUUCGUACUUACAGUUGAAUCAUUUAUAAAUUUAUAAAUUUAUUGAUAAAUUUAUAAAUUUAAAAGUGCCUCCUUACUUAUACAAUAGGUCUGCGAUUUUAUUUCGAAAUUUUUAACAUUGGACUUUCUUUUUUAUUGGAAAUAAUUUUUAUAAUCGAACAGCCAUCUAUGUUAUGUCGGUAAAGUAGAAAUAAAGUGAUUUCUAUAAACUUUCUUUCCGCAAAAAGAAAAAAAAUCUGCUAAAUUUUAAUUUUAAGUUCUACUUUUUUGAAAAUAGUAUAAAAAUUAAAAUUUCUUCAAUUUAGAA